GCCGGAGAUGCCGCGGGGCCCCCGGACGUGCCUGCGGCGGGCCCCCCUGAAGCGGUCCAGGAUCCUGCACAUGGCACUGAUGGGAGCCUCCGAGGCCUCGGGAGAUGCGGAGGCAGAGGAGGAGAAGCCCUUCCUGCUGCGGGCCUUCCAGAUUGCACUGGUGGUCUCGCUCUACUGGGUCACCUCCAUCUCCAUGGUGUUCCUUAACAAGUACCUGCUGGACAGCCCCUCCCUGCGGCUGGACACCCCCAUCUUCGUCACCUUCUACCAGUGCCUGGUCACCGCGCUGCUGUGCAAAGGCCUCAGCACCCUGGCCACCUGCUGCCCUGGCGCCGUGGACUUCCCCACCCUGCGCCUGGACCCCAGAGUGGCCCGCAGCGUCCUGCCCCUGUCACUGGUCUUCAUCAGCAUGAUCACCUUCAACAACCUCUGCCUCAAGUACGUGGGUGUGGCCUUCUACAACGUGGGCCGCUCCCUCACCACUGUCUUCAAUGUGCUGCUCUCCUACCUGCUGCUCAAGCAGACCACCUCCUUCUAUGCCUUGCUCUCCUGCAGCAUCAUCAUCGGUGGCUUCUGGCUCGGUGUAGACCAGGAAGGGGCAGAGGGCACCCUGUCUUGGGUGGGCACCCUCUUCGGCGUACUAGCCAGCCUCUGCGUCUCGCUGAACGCCAUCUACACCAAGAAGGUGCUUCCGGCGGUGGACGGCAGCAUCUGGCGCCUGACCUUCUACAACAACGUCAACGCCUGCGUGCUCUUCCUGCCCCUGCUGCUGCUGCUGGGGGAGCUCCAGGCCCUCCGCGACUUCCCCCAGCUGGGCAGCGCCCACUUUUGGGGCAUGAUGACUCUGGGCGGCCUGUUUGGCUUCGCCAUCGGCUACGUCACGGGACUGCAGAUCAAGUUCACCAGCCCCCUGACCCACAACGUGUCGGGCACGGCCAAGGCCUGCGCCCAGACGGUGCUGGCCGUGCUCUACUAUGAGGAGACCAAGAGCUUCCUCUGGUGGACAAGCAACAUGAUGGUGCUGGGCGGCUCCUUUGCCUAUACCUGGGUCAGGGGCUGGGAGAUGAAGAAGAUUCAGGAGGAGCCCAGCCCCAAGGAGGAGAAGAGCAGCUUGGGGGUGUGAGCACCUCAGGGAGGAGAGGGUGGCCCCGAGGGAUAUUGUUUACAGACCUGAUGGGAAUUCGGUGGUUGAAAGGGGGCCAGUGUUUUCAGCUGGUUCUACCUCUUUCCUAUUUCUGGGGUGCUGUCCUCCCCUCAGGUAGAGGGUCCCCCAGGGGAGUGGCCAGUUGCUUCUCUGGAUGAACACAGGCUCUCGGAUAGUAGGAAGGGAGGCAGCACCCCGUCUCCCCCCUUUCCAGGGCCUUCUACCUCCAUGAGACCUCUGGGUUUGGGGAUGGGCCGCAGCCUCUAAGGGACAGUAUUGGCAAAGCCAUUAAGUCUUCUACUCAGGGCAGAUGGGAGUGUGAUCCCACCCCAGGCCUCUGGAGGGAUUUGGGAAACCUCACCUCUCUGUGUGCUGGGGCAGGCAGCGUAGCUCUGACCCCUCACCCCAAACCAGCCUUCCCUGAGACCAGCAGGCCCCAUGGAAGAGGGCAGAGGGUCUAGUAUACCCCUGCUUGGCCCUGACACCCCUAGGGACUGCUGGGAAGUAGCCUGGGGAUGGGGUACACCAUGGGAAAGCACCCUUUCCCUACUGUCUCACCCUGUACUUCCAGCUUUUGAACACGCGGGAACCAUGAGUGUUUUCCAGGUUAAGCAGGAUCACUAAACUCUCCCCCAGAGCCUGAAACUGGUCACCUGUCUCAAUCCUCUGUCCCCAGGGACCAUUGCCCCUCCGGUCUCUGGGUCUCCGAGCACCUGGCACAGCUGCCUGGGGCAGGGAACAGCCUCCUGGAAGUAGAGCCAGGGCACUGCUCCUCAAUUCCCCCAGUUCUGCCUCCCCCAAAGUUCCAUCCCCUGGCAGCACUGUGGGAGCAAGUCCACAGCUCAGCUAUGCUGAACCUCCCACCUCCCUGCAGGGUGGGUGUCCUCACUGGUGGGAGCCUCUCUCCUAGCAAGGGAAGAAGCAUGGGGGAUCCUCUUCCACCCUGCAGCCUCAGGGCAACUUUCACAGCCCCUCCCUUCUGUUGCACAUUCUGUUCAGCCAUCUCAGAGGUCAUUCCUGGUGGUGUUAGCCCUUAUAGAAAGUACUGAGUCCCCACCUCGGGAGGUUCUAAUGAAAUGGGUGGGGCCUGAUCCCCUAAAUUGUGUGAUUUUAUUAAAAAUUGGAGUAAGACACCCUGUGCGUGCGUGUGUGUGUGUGUGUGUGUGUGUGUGUGUGUGUGUGUGGAGUGAGUGAGUGGAAAAGAGGCGGGGCCAGGACAGGAUUUAGGAGCAGGCCUUCUGGAGAAGCGGGGUUCUGUAAAGGGCAGAAACACUCCUCCCUGCCCUCACCAAGCGCCCACAGCUCUGAGGUGGUACCACCCCCGACCACCCCCAUGGGCACGGCAAGCUCACGAGGACUCAGAGGACAUGGGAAGGAGGAGGCAGAACGAGUCCAGCAGAGGCCUCUGCCUUCAGACUCCCUAACUGUACCUAGCAUUUGGGGGCACCUACUGUAUGCCAGGCCCUAGGAAGGUGUUCAUGUGAAGACCCAGGUGUAUUUCAAGGGGCUCACAUGUCAACAGGAGCCAAGGCCUUGUAGCAGGUGCAGCCACUCACAGUAACUUCCUGUGCGGAAGUCUGGGGAUGGAGAAGCCAUCUUCACAGAGGGCCCGGACAUCAGAACUGGGACUUAACUGGGUCUGUAGGAGGCUCCAGGGAGAGGGCACCCAGCCAGUUUAGGCUGGAGAAAAGGCAUGUUCGGGGAGUAGUGAGAGAUGGGGUGCAGGGACUUGAGGGUUAGCGAAGAGAUCCGACAGGGAGGGAGGUUGGGUGGGAAGGACCUUGACUGUGUGGUCAUCCUGAGCGGGAUUCUCAAUGUCAAGCCAUCUCCGGGUCGCUGAAGAGAUGUGACCACCCUUUGCACAAUCAGAGAACAUUGAGACAUUUCUGAACACUACUUGCACUUUCCGAGACAAUGUUAACUAUUUACCAAAAAUGUUUUAAAGAAGAAUCUUGACUUAAAGCUUCAAAUCAAAUGUUAAACUAAUUCAUACAUUUUUAAAAAAUUCAAGGGAAACCCAACACUUAGGACAGAAAAACCCACCCACUAGGUAACAUCCACCCACGCAGACACACAGUGUCUGCAGAUGGGUUUGAAGCCACGGGCUGCUGCAGGCCUCGGUUCUGAUGCACAAGACCUAGAGCCCAGCCCCCUCUUCCAGCUGCCCAGCAGCUCCCACAAAGGCGCCUCGCCUCGUGCCCAGCUCAUCUCUAUGGUAUUUAAAGGGGCCAAGAGCACUUUCAGGAAGGUUCCCCUGCAAGAAGGCAGAAGUAGUGUCCCUCCUCCCACCCCAUUCCCCGAGCCCAGGCUCUUGUCUCUCCCUGAAGGCAGGGGUGUGGAAGUGGGGCUCCCCAGUUAAAACCUGGUAGGUGAGGAUGGAGAAUUUAGACAUUAGAGGGGCUACCACCUCCCUCUCCUUCAGAGAGCCUGUCUCUUCACUUCGGCCUUUGAAGAGCCCUUGACUAGGACUCCAGCAAGCUGGGCUCUACUUCUUAGAAGCUAGAUGCCUUCGGCAAGAUCCCUAACCUUGCCAGGCUUCACUCUGCCUGUCUGAGAGUUGGGAUAAUCCUGACCUUCCUGCUACAGAAAUUGGCUGUGAGCGAAAGCUCGGCUCCACUCAGCUCCAGGAACACAGUGGGCCGCUGUUCUUACCACAGAGAAAAGUGUCGUGACCAGACACUAAAAGCAAGAGCCAAGUAAGUGCAGUGGGACACACUUUGAUUUGGAGGAAACAAACCAAAAACCAAAAUAGAGACUCAGAAGAGAACCAUCUCUAGAUGGAAGACGACUUUCUUUUUUUUUUUUUUUUUUGCAUAGAAGAACUGAGGUGUAGGCCAAGGGUGCAAGGGGUGAGAGGAUUCACCAGAGACAGAGUGGGGAGCAGAACAGGCAGACUGACU